AUGGCACAAAACAAUUGGGAUGAGAUCGUCUUUGAUAAGGUUGCUGACAUCGAUGAACCCAAGGAAAUUUGGAACAUUCGUGUUCAAGUAAUCUUGCUUUGGAAGCAAACUUACAAAAACAUCCCAAAGAUGUUCAGCAGCUUGGACAUGAUUUUAAUUGACGAGCAGGGCACUAAAAUUCAAGCAACAAUACAAAAAUCUCAUUAA